AAAUCACUAAUAAUUUAAUAAUCUUCUUUGGAUCUCUGAAAAGUCUCGUACCCAAAACACGACCCUUCCUUCCAAAACCAAACAGAACAAUGCUCCUCUUGUUCCUCCGACACUAUUGGCACCUCUUCUAACCACCAACAACAACCGCCCCCAAAACGACGCCGUCUUCUCCUCCUCCCUCCUCUAAUGGUUGUUGUCCAAGCCUCCAAGCUCAACCUCCCCUACCCUUCCCUCUCUUCCCCUCACAUCACCUCUCUCCUCUUUGAACCCAACUCUCUCUCUCUAGCCCUCAUGCACUCUGACUCCUCUUUCUCUCUCUACCCUUCUCUCUCCUCCCCUCUUUCUCUCUCCUCCCUCCCCCUCCCCAAACCCUAAUCCACCCCCCUUCCUCCUCCUCCACUUUCCUCCUCCUUCAAAACCCAAACCCUAACCCUAAUCCCAAUCCCAGAGUGCUUUUCAUUGUCUCAGGGCCUUAUAAAGGUGGGUCCCAGGUCCUUCUCAGGUUCUAUAUUCUGCACAAGCAGACCCAAUUUGUGAGGGCCCAAGUGGUUUGCUCUCAGAAAGAUCUCAACUUUGAUCACAAAUUGGGGGUUUUGGUGGAUUCUAAUCAUGGGGUUUCGAUUAGGCUUUCUGGGUCUGUCAAUUUCUUUGCAAUGUAUUCGGUUUCCGGCUCCAAGAUUUCGGUUUUCGCUGUCAAAGAUGUUGGUGCUGAUGGGGUGGCUGUGAAAUUGAUGAGGUGUGCUGUCAUUGAUUGCUGCAAGCUUGUGUGGUCCAUUAGCGUUUCGUUCGGGUUCUUGAUUCUGGGGGAAGAUGAUGGAGUGAGGGUUUUCAAUUUGAGGCAGCUUGUGAAAGGGCGGGUUCGAAAGGCUAAGAGUUCGAAUUCGAGUUUGAAAUUGGGUUUGUUAAAUGGGGUGAUUGGUGACAAUGUGCAAGAAGCUGGGGAUUGUGGAAAUAAACAUGGAAGUGGAAAGUGUGAAGGGACUUGCGAUGCUUACUUGUGCCGGAAGAAUGAUAGGAAUUGUGUCUCUGUCAAGCGGAGAUCUGUUAAACUGAAACAAGACUCAUGUGAAGACGGAGUGUGUUUUGCGGCAUUCAAGGGCAAGGAGUUAGAAACCUCUAAAUCAAGAAGAAGGAUACCAGUGAAGGCAAUUUCCAUUGACGCUUUGUCCCCUAACAAACUUUUAAUCCUGGACUCAGAUGGAGGUUUACAGCUUUUGCACCUUUCCAUCCCUGUAAUUGGAUCAGAUAUAACUACUUUCAUGCAGCAGUUGCCUAACACUAUGAAAGUGCAAAAGGUGGCUGUUCUUCCUGAAAUAGCUGCAAGAACACAAUCUGUUUGGGUGUCAGAUGGCUACAAUUCUGUGCAGAUGAUGGUGGCAUCUGACAUGGAUAGUGCAGUUAGCCAAAAUGAUUUAAAUGAGAGCAAGGAAAAGCCAAUGCAUAUCACAGUUGGUCUCACAAUUUUUACUGGGGAAAAGAUCCAAGACCUUACUCCUUUGGCCGGAAAUGCUAUUUUGAUUCUUGGACAAGGAAACUUGUACACGUAUGCUACCUCUUGAAGUUUCUCAGUAUAACUGUUUAUUCGAUUGAACUUUGGAAUUCCAGGCAAUAUUAAUUGAGCUCUACCAGCUUGACGGAGGUUCUCGAGUAAUGUUCUAUUUAAACAGUUUGAUUACCUUGGUCCAUGAUCCUAUUCAUCAUUUUGUUACUGAAUUCAGGAGCUGCAGUUUCCUCAUUAAUGUAAAUGUGGACAAGACUGAAUGCUGAGCUCUUGAAGGUAAUUUGGAACUGGGACCAAUUUGUUGCCUGCCAUUGCUUUCCAAAUACUGAAGGUCGAGUCUUUCAGCAAUCAAAGCACUUCCAUUGUUCUACCUGACUCCACGAGUGACAACUUUGUUGUAUGUGAGAUUAUUUGCUGUUGGUUGCUCAGAGUUGCCUCGUGUGGAGCGCCUCUGUUCCAAGGUGGUCAACUGGAGAGCUGAACGUGCAUUUGACCAAAGGUAAAGAAAAGCUAUGAGUCGGCUUUGCAAGAAAGUUUCUGAUGACUCGCCAACUUUAUGAAACUUGCUUGUAAGGUCCAAAAUAUCAGUCUAACUUAUCAUUUGUCACCAACACAUUAACUCUGAGUGAAAUUAUGGUUUAUUUUAAAUUUGUGCUGCUUGUGAAUUUGUUUGAUGUCGCUUUGAAGAUAAGAAAGUUCACGUUAUUACUCUUCCCUAC